AUGUCCACCUCUGUGGGGGUCAAUGUGCUCCGAUGGUCCGCCCUGGGCUUGGGCGUCUUCUACGGUUUCACCCACCAGGUGUCACUAUCGUCGCGGGAAAAGCUGGACAAGAUAAACCGCGAGUACAAGCACAAGGAGGAUCUGAUAGCGAAGGCGAAGGCCGAAUGGGCGAAGAAGACGGCGCCGACGACAGCGAGUGGUGAUCUCAUCACGGAUCCGGAAAACCCCAAGUUCGACCUCGAGGCAUACUUAACGGUGAAGGCGGCGGAGACGACCUAG